UGAGCAUUUGUUGAUGCGAUGGUAGCGCACUCACAAGGGUGAAGAUAGAGCAGCGAAUGUUUUAGCUCGUACACGGCAACCGUGUUGAUUUGGACUGUUAUUAUAAACAAAUGUGAUUGUAAACAUGGAUUUUAACGGGGAAGCUCCAGACGUGAGCAACAUUACUCUGAUCCCGUGCAGGAUAUGUGGACGCACAUUCGCUGAGCCGACGCUGGUGAAACACGAGGUCGUCUGCAAGAAGAAUGCGGCGAAGAGACGCAAGGUGUUCGACUCUGGCAAGAUGCGUGCCCUCGGCAGUGACAUCCCGCUCAACAAAGUUCUGAAGCCCAACCAGAAACCCAAGCCUGAGAAG